UUUGUUUCGUCGUUUCAAUGGGAAAAAGGAAAGACAUGAUUCACCCCAGAUUUCUCGGUGAAGGCGGCUCCAGCCUGCACAGCGCUCACAAGCGGAAACACAAAAAACACAAGAAGCACAAGAAGAAGCACCACAGCUUCCCCGAGGUGCCGGAGCCUGAGCCUGUAGUGGUGCCUCGGCCUCCGCCGCAGCUCCGACUGAAGAUCAAACUGGGAGGACAGACGCUGGGAACCAAGAGUGUUCCCACUUUCACCGUCCAUCCUGGUGUGGCUCGUCCACCCUCACCUUUAAUGAUCAUUGACAACAACGUUGAUGACGACGAUGAUGACGACGAUGAAGAUGAUGAUGACGAGCCCUCUGUUCCUUUGGAGCAGUAUCGAGCCUGGCUCGAUGAAGACAGCAACCUGGCCACAUCCCCUCUGCCGGAUAUGGACUCAGAUUCCAUGCUGGGCGGGCCCGUGGACGAGGAGGAGCGGUGGCUGGACGCUCUGGAGAAGGGAGAGCUCGAUGACAACGGAGAGCUGAAGAAGGAGAUCGAUGAGUCUCUGCUCACCGCCAGACAGAAAGCUCUGCUACACAAGCAGCAGAGUCAGCCUCUCCUGGAGCUCCCCAUGGGCUACAAGGAGAAAGAGAUGACCGCUGAGAUGAUGCAGAAGCGGGAGGAGCGUGCCCGAAAGAGACGCCUGCAGGCCGCCAAGAAGGCAGAGGAGAACAAGAACCAGACGAUAGAGAGACUGACGAAAACCAGCAAGGCCAAGAUCAAAAGCAUGAAGGAGAAGAAGUCCAAGCAGAGCCAGUGCCCCAUGGUUCGGUACAGCGAUUCUGUCCAGGGAAUGGCCAUCUCCUUCCCAGCAGGGGUCCCCGCUCCUACCCCGGCGCCUCCCUGCCCUCCUCCUCCAGCCCCAUUGAACUGUGGAGUGAGCGGGUGCACAAACCUCAAGAAGUACUCGUGCUCAAAGACCGGAGUUGCUCUCUGCAGCCUCGAGUGCUACAAGAGGAACCUCAUGCUCGUGCAGAGCGCAGCGUGAACCCCAGACAGUUGAGUUUAUGCCACCCUGGGAUGUGACGAUGGCGAGUAUUCAUGCUCGUGUAUUUACGUUAACAGGACACUGGUGACCGUGUAGUGGUAGGAAGGUGAUUUUGGACUUUCCUGACCUGUGUGAGGAGACUGUAUAUCAACAUGCUUUUUUCAUGUGUCAUGAUAAUGAUUCUCUGUGGAGCUGCUCGUCCAAUUAUGUACAAUAUAUAUAUAUAUAUUUUAAAAAGAUCAAUCUGUGUACAAAUCGAAUAUUCAGUAAUUAUGAUUUGUAGAACAUCGUCAUUGUUGGUGCAGAUAAAGUGCAUCUUUUUGGUUUCUGAGUUUUGAGAGUAGCUGUUUCCACUUUUCGUUGUUAAUAAUGUGAAAAAACAAAUCGGUCUGGAAGCAAUAAAAUAAUAAUAAUUUUC